ACGAAUGUUUGUAAAUAAUGUCAUUUGCAUCGUGUUGCAAUGUGGCGGCGGCACGAGCGAACAUUUCUAACAAAGAGAGGAACCAAGUAAGAAGAUUGAUGAAUGAUACGUCGCCAGGUUUGUUUACGAACAGUGAACCGAUUUUAGGAGGAGCUGUUGAACCUGUAAAUGCGAAAGCUACUAUCAAUAUAACUGAAUGCAGAUUGUAGGUAAAUAUACCAACGCAUUCGUGAUCUGGGUAUCAACAACUUAUGUCAGCAUUGAAAACAUGUUCUGUGCAAGAGUCACAUCAAAUUUAGCUCAUGAUGAGAAUGACUGGAACCAGAAGGGAUCUAUAGUUUUAAUCUGUUCGAAAUGUGACUGUCCAAAGUGUGCAAUUAAUCGCUUCAGGACAAUGGUGCAUCGUCUAGGACGAUUUGCUUUAAAUAGGUCCUGCCAAGGGUUGAGGUCGUCAGUGAAGCAGCAUCGUUGGGACUGUUCGGAUUUCGAGUUGAGCUACUGAAAGAAUUUACUGAAAAGUUAAACAACAAUCUCCCAGUAAAAUAACGAGUCGGCAUUCGCAAAAUUUUUAAGGCGCUGAAAAAUUGUUGAAAUCUGUAGCAAUGAUCGCGUGCUCUGUUUGGAAAUUGCUGAUUUUUAUUUGUGCAUUAAACGUUUUAUCGACCGAAGGGAACGACAAAGAUCAGAUCCAUUUGGAAGCUAAGCCACAACUUUAUGACUCUAUUUCUCUAAAAGAGUCUAACCAGUUCGGUCACGAUGUUAGCGAAAAUGGCCAGUUCCACCACGAGAACCGCGGUAUCGACGGAAUCGCAUAUGGCUGCCAUGGCUACAGAGAUGAUUCCGGCCAACUUCAGCUAACCCAUUACGUUACCGAUGCCCGUGGUUAUCGUGUAAUUCAACCGAAUCAGCCCGUACAAUUGUACAUGGUUGCAACAAAUCCACCUCCGAAGGGUGCCGAAACAGCAGAUCUUCAUCCGCUGCGAAGUGAGCAGCCUCCACCUAAGCCUAUGCCAAAUCGGGAGCCACACAGUUGCCGGCCAGAUGGUACUGCCCAAUCGAAUGUACCGGCGGCAACGGCACUGGCUCCAGUUGGUGGAGCUUUAGGGGGUCUUCUGGGUGGAUUGGUUGGUGGUUUAUUGCAAGGACUUGGGCAAGGUCUUGGUGUCAACUUGCUAGCUCCAAAUAACUGUGCAGCAACCAAUACUCACGUUAUUCCGCAGCAAUGCACUAGUGGUUGCAAUAAGAAUCAGCCGGCAUAUGUGGGACUGAUCCCGACUAUAUAUCAGCCAAGAUCCUUUGACGAGCAGCUCAUAAAUUCGUUGGAAGCAAUGCUCCCGAAUCUGUUGGAGCAUAGAGGCGAGCGGAACAAUGCACCAAUGUACUGGUUACUGCCAAGUUCUCAGGAGGGCAAUUGGCGGUCUGAAUCACGAAAUGGGUUGAUGGGUAAGAUUUAUUCUCUUAGACACUUGCAGCAGCGAAGAUUGUAGUAGAAAACGAAUGGCCGAAAUAAGUAAAAUAGAACCCGAUUUACA